AUGUCCUCAGUCAGUGAAGUAAAUGUGGACAUCAGAGAUUUCCUAAUGAGCAUCAAUUUGGAGCAGUACCUGGUACAUUUCCGGGAAUUUGGUUUUUAUACUCUGAAGGACUGUGCAUCGAUAAAUGAUAGUGUGCUACACCAAAUUGGAAUCUCACCGACAGGACACCGUAGGAGGAUACUUAAACAGUUACAAAUGAUCUUUUCAAAAAUGCAAGACAUCCCAAUAUAUGCAAAUGUUCAUAAAACAAAGAAUGGCAACGCCUCAAAAGAGCAUCAGAAUCUUCCAUCUUCUAGCAACACCACCUGUGUAGAAUUUUCCGAUUGCAUUAGUGUUCAUAGACCUGGCCUGACACCGGUGGAGAAAGUUACAAUGAGUACCUUUGGUGUGGGAAAUUGCCAGUCUCCUAAAUCACAUGAUAAGCUAUCACUUCCUUCAGAAGAAGAGCUACCCCAGAAUGUAGAUUCUUCACAAGAUUCUUUAUUUGGUAGUGCAAAUGUUAAAAUAGAUUCUUUAAUUACCCAGAAGGCAGUGGAUUGUACAGAUGGAGAAGAACAAACAGAAAAAGUCAACUUGAUAUCAGAAAAUUCUAGAGUGGCUUUUAGCACAAACCCUGAAAGUCUUCCCUCUGUGGACUAUCCAACAUCAGAAACACAUUCUGGAAGUGGUACUAAUGGCUUAUUAGAAAGCUCCCCAGCAUCCCCAUUCUUUCAGUUUCAAGGAGAGAUGGUCGUGAAUGAUCUGUAUGUUCCAUCGUCACCAGUCCACACACCCAUGAGAAGCAGGAGCAAGUUGGUUUCCAGACCUUCUCGAUCAUUUCUGCUGAGACAUCGGCCUGUACCAGAGAUCCCAGGGUCAACAAAAGCAAUUUCUGGGAGCUAUUUCCGUGACAGGAGAAGUGCUACUACCUCAGCUGGAAAAUCUUUGACACUGAAAAAUUCAAAGGAGGAUAAUUCAACUUCCAUCUUUCCAUAUGGAGAGACAUUUCUCUUCCAGAGACUAGAAAGUUCCAAGAAGAGAUCUAUAAAGAAUGAGUUUUGGGCCCAUGAGGACACAGUCAAAGAGGAUGCAGUCACUACAAAGAACUCUAUCUCAACCAAGUCAAGCAUUUUUGAUAACAACAAGGAAAAAGUGAGUGAAGACAAAGUAGAAGACAUUUGGAUACCCCGAGAGGAUAAAAAUAACAUUCCAAAGGACUCUGCUUCUGAGUCAGAAUACUCAACAGUAGAGGAAUGCUUCCACAGUUUAAGAAGAAAAAACUCAAAGGCAUCCAAGUCUAGGACUCAAAAAGCCUUCUACUUGGACCCUUUUAAUAGGCACAGUUAUCCUUUAAGCUCCACAAGUGGAAAUACUGAUUCUUCGACUAUCUCAAAUGCCAUCUCUCCUUAUGCCUGCUUCUAUGGGUCUUCUGCAGCAAAGGUCAAAUCUGGAUGGCUGGACAAACUGUCUCCUCAAGGAAAACGCAUGUUUCAGAAGAGAUGGGUGAAAUUUGAUGGCCUUAGCAUUUCUUAUUACAACAAUGAAAGAGAGAUGUACUCGAAAGGAAUAAUCCCUCUCACUGCGAUAUCCACAGUACGAGCUCAAGGAGACAACAAAUUUGAAAUUGUCACAACACAAAGAACUUUUGUUUUUAGAGUAGAAAAAGAAGAAGAGAGAAAUGAUUGGAUCAGCAUAUUAUUAAGUGCACUGAAGUCACCAUCCCUUACUGCACAAUUGCAAGCAGCUAUGGCCCCCGAGAAAUGUGGAUAUCUUGAACUGAGAGGCUAUAAAGCCAAAAUUUUCACUGUAUUAAGAGGGAACAGUGUGUGGCUCUGCAAAAAUGAGCAGGAUUUUAAGAGUGGACUUGGCAUUACCAUAAUUCCGAUGAAUGUUGCAAAUGUAAAACAAGUAGAUCGAGCUGUGAAACAAUCUUUUGAGAUAAUCACUCCCUACAGGAGUUUCAGAAUAUAUUCAGAACAGCUCAGAAUUAGAAUACUUCUAGCAGGGACAAUUCUAAUAAUUGUUACCUAUUUUGGUUGCCUAUGCUGUUCGCUUUGUAUAAUCAUCAUAUACAAGUGCUUUGGGCAACAUAGAUCAUUGGGUCCAAAAGACUCUAAGGUUAGAAGUCUGAAAAUGGAUGCCAGUAUUUGGAGUAAUGAGCUCAUUGAGCUAUUUAUUGUCAUUGGAAACAAGAGAGCAAAUGACUUUUGGGCUGGUAACCUUCAAAAAGAUGAAGAAUUGCACAUGGAUUCACCAGUCGAAAAGAGGAAAAACUUUAUCACACAGAAGUACAAAGAAGGAAAAUUCAGAAAGACUCUUUUAGCAUCUCUGACAAAAGAAGAGUUAAAUAAGGCUCUGUGUGCUGCGGUAGUAAAGCCAGAUGUCCUGGAGACCAUGACCCUGCUGUUCAGUGGAGCGGAUGUCAUGUGCGCGACAGGAGACCCUGUGCACAGUACACCCUACCUGCUGGCCAAGAAAGCUGGGCAGAGUCUGCAGAUGGAAUUUCUCUACCAUAACAAAUUCUCAGACUUUCCCCAGCAUGAUGUACAUUCUGAAGGUGGGUCAAGUCAGGAGGCUGCGCAGUCCACCUUCCUCUGUGACUUCCUAUAUCAGGCUCCUGCCACUGCUUCCCGGGUCUCUACAGAGAAAAAGCUUCUUGAAGAGACAAAUAAAAAGUGGUGUGUUUUGGAAGGCGGCUUCUUGAGUUACUAUGAAAAUGACAAGUGUACCACACCCAAUGGCACCAUUAACAUCAGCGAAGUUAUCUGCCUGGCUGUCCAUAAAGAGGACUUCUAUUUGAAUACUGGGCCGAUCUUUGUCUUUGAGAUCUACUUACCUUCAGAACGUGUCUUUUUGUUCGGAGCUGAAACAUCUCAGAUUCAAAGAAAAUGGACAGAGACGAUAGCCAAGCAUUUUGUUCCCUUUGUUGCUGAAAACUUAACAGAAGCUGACUAUGAUUUGAUUGGUCAACUCUUCUACAAAGAUUGCCAUGCUCUGGACCAGUGGAGAAAAGGCUGGUUUGCUAUGGACAAGUCUAGUUUGUGUUUUUGCCUUCAAACACAAGAAACUCAGGAAGAGAGAAUGCACCUAAGAAGACUACAGGAGCUAACAAUCAGCACAAUGGUUCAAAAUGGAGAAAAAUUAGAUGUGUUACUCUUAGUAGAAAAAGGGAGAACGCUAUACAUCCAUGGGCAUACCAAGUUGGAUUUCACAGUCUGGCAUACUGCAAUUGAAAAAGCAGCAGGUACAGAUGGUAACGCAUUACAAGAUCAGCAGCUCUGCAAAAAUGACGUGCCCAUUAUUGUGAACAGCUGCAUAGCAUUUGUUACACAGUAUGGGUUAGGAUGCAAACACAUUUAUCAAAAGAAUGGUGAUCCUUCGCACAUAAGUGAACUCCUGGAGAGUUUCAAAAAGGAUGCAAGGAGUGUUAAGUUGAGAGCUGGAAAGCAUCAACUUGAAGAUGUGACAAGUGUGCUGAAGAGUUUUCUGUCUGACAUUGAUGAUGCGCUUCUCACAAAGGAGCUCUAUCCAUACUGGGUCUCCACAUUAGAUAUACAAGAUGAAAAGGAAAGAACUGAAAAAUACAGAGCAUUCAUCCGCACUCUUCUGGGGGUCAACAGAGCAACACUGGCAGCUAUAAUUGAACACCUUUACAGGGUUCAGAAAUGCUCAGAAAUCAAUCACAUGAAUGCUCAUAACUUGGCAUUGGUCUUUUCGUCUUGCUUAUUUCAAACCAAGGGACAAACUAGUGAAGAAGUCAAUGUAAUUGAAGAUCUAAUUAAUAAUUACGUUGAAAUAUUUGAGGUUAAAGAAGACCAAGUCAAACAAAUGGACAUAGAAAAUAGCUUUAUAACCAAGUGGAAAGACACUCAAGUGUCCCAGGCUGGAGACUUGUUAAUUGAAGUAUAUGUAGAAAGGAAGGAACCUGACUGUAGUAUUAUAAUUCGGAUAUCUCCUGUAAUGGAAGCAGAAGAGUUAACUAAUGAUAUAUUAGCAAUAAAAAAUAUUGUUCCUAGUAAAGGUGAUAUUUGGGCUACAUUUGAAGUCAUUGAAAAUGAAGAGCUAGAGCGUCCUCUUCACUACACAGAGAAUGUGCUAGAGCAGGUGCUUCAGUGGAGUUCAUUAGCUGAACCUGGUUCUGCUUAUCUUGUGGUGAAGAGAUUCUUAACUGUUGACAUAAUUAAACACUGCAGAGAGAAAAGUGUAAAGGAAGGUGCCUUAAAACUCAAAGAAGAACCAUCUAAAAUACUGUCUGGGAAUAAGUUUCAGGAUCGAUACAUUGUGUUACGAGAUGGACAUCUCUUUCUUUACAAGGAUCCAAAGAGCAGCAAACAUGACAAGAUGUUUUCUCUAAGCUUGAUGAAGUUUUACCUUGGUGUGAAAAAGAAAAUGAAGCCCCCAACCAGUUGGGGAUUGACCGCAUAUUCUGAAAAACACCACUGGCACCUGUGUUGUGACAGUUUACAAGCCCAGAUGGAGUGGAUGGCCAGUAUCUUUAUUGCCCAG